CUGUGUUCUUUGAACUUGCAUCUUUACUUGCAGAAGCAUGAUGGCCACUUCACAGUCAUCCAGCUGGUUGGCAUGCUGCGAGGGAUUGCAUCUGGCAUGAAGUACCUCUCAGAUAUGGGCUACGUACACCGCGAUCUGGCAGCACGUAAUAUCUUGGUCAACAGUAACCUCAUGUGUAAAGUCUCCGAUUUUGGUUUGUCACGAGUGUUAGAGGAUGAUCCUGAAGCUGCUUACACAACAAGCGGCGGAAAAAUCCCCAUAAGGUGGACUGCUCCUGAAGCUAUAGCUUACCGGAAGUUCUCUUCGGCAAGCGACGCGUGGAGCUAUGGGAUUGUAAUGUGGGAGGUGAUGUCCUACGGUGAGAGACCAUACUGGGAGAUGUCCAACCAGGAU